AUGACGGAUUUGGGAGCGCCGGAGAUGCUGCUGAUGAGGAGGAGGCUGAAUGUAAAGAAAACGGGCAGGCUGAGACGCGACCUCCCGCUUCUCCUCCUGCUGGGGCUCCUCUUCGGGGAUUUCUCCUCGUCCAGGGCUGAAUCAUGUGGUGGUGUAGUCCAAGGACUGAAUGGUACCAUAGAGUCUCCGGGUUUCCCCCACGGCUAUCCCAACUAUGCCAACUGUACAUGGCUGAUAAUAACAGGGGAGAGGAACCGAAUCCAGCUAACCUUCGUCACCCUGGCGCUGGAGGAGGACUUUGAUAUUGUAUCAGUUUACGAUGGACAACCGUCGCCUGGCAACUUAAAAAUGAGGUUGUCGGGUUUCAUGCUGCCCUCCCCUAUAGUCAGCAGUGGAUCUAUAUUGGCCUUGUGGUUUACCACAGACUUUGCUGUCAGCGCACAGGGCUUCAAAGCUGUAUACGAAGUGCUCCCCAGCCAUACAUGUGGCACUCCGGGCCUCAUUCCAAAUGGAGUCAUUCAUGGCUCAAGGUACAACAUGGGGGACAAGAUCAGAUACAGCUGUGAGUCAGGUUUUGUAUUGGAGGGACACAGUAUCCUCACAUGCAUUGUAUCACCUGGCAGUGGGGCACAGUGGGACUUCCCAUCACCAUUUUGUAGAGCCGAGGGAGCAUGUGGUGGUACGUUAAGAGGCACUGCAGGUUCAAUAACCAGCCCUGGAUACCCUGCAGAGUAUGAGAACAACCUGGACUGCACCUGGUCAAUCCUCUCUGAACCUGGUGACACUAUAGCCCUCGUCUUCAGUGACUUCUUACUGGAGGACAAAUAUGACUUCCUGGAAAUCAGCGGCACAGAUGCUCCAAGUAUAUGGCUGACUGGUACAACCUUGCCCUCACCAGUAAUAUCAAGUAAGAACUGGCUUCGGAUUCAUUUCACGUCAGACAGCAACCAUCGAAGAAAAGGAUUCAGCGCUCAGUACCAAGUGAAGAAAGCAAUAGAGUUGAAGUCCAGAGGAGUGAAGAUGAUGCCAAGUAAAGACUCCAGUCACAAAAAUGCUGUCUUGAGUCAAAGCGGCCUUGCUGGUGAUGUUUGUCCAGAUCCUGGAGUUCCAGAAAAUGGCAAGAGGAUGGGCUCUGCUUUCCAAGUUGGCUCCAGCGUCCAGUUCAGUUGUGACGACAGCUAUGUACUACAAGGAUCUAAAAGCAUCACCUGUCAGCGAGUCACUGAUACACUGGCUGCCUGGAGUGACCACAGGCCCAUCUGCAGAACUCGUACCUGUGGCAGCAACCUAAGGGGGCCCAGAGGGAUCAUAACUUCUCCUAACUACCCUGUUCAAUAUGAGAACAACGCACACUGUGUUUGGGUCAUCACCGCAAUGGACUCUGGGAAGGUGAUAAAGCUGUCAUUUGAGGAGUUUGACCUGGAAAGAGGAUAUGACACACUAACUGUGGGAGAUGGAGGGAAGAUAGGUGACACUCGAAGGGUACUCUAUGUACUCACUGGCUCCAGUGUCCCUGACCUCAUCGUUAGCUUGUCAAAUCAGAUGUGGCUACACCUGCAGUCAGACGACACAAUCGGCUCUGCGGGGUUCAAGGCGAUCUAUGAAGAGAUCGAACGAGGAGGCUGCGGUGAUCCUGGGGUUCCGGCGUUCGGUCGGCGCAGUGGUGAUCGCUUUCAACACGGUGACGUGUUGACCUUCUUUUGCCAGUCGGCCUUUGAACUAGUGGGAGAGAGGACUAUCACAUGCCAGCACAAUAACCAGUGGUCUGGCAAUAAACCCAGCUGUGUUUUCUCAUGUUUCUUCAACUUCACGGCUCCAUCGGGGACUAUAUUGUCCCCAAACUACCCAGAGGAAUAUGGGAACAACCUGAACUGUGUGUGGUUGAUUAUCUCUGAACCGGGGAGCCGCAUUCAUCUCCUUUUCUCUGACUUUGACCUGGAGCCACAGUUUGACUGGCUGGUGGUAAAAGAUGAAGGGCUGUCGGAGCCAACAACAUUUGGGACGUUCUCGGGAAAAGAUGUUCCGUCACAGAUCGCCUCAAACGGACACAUCAUGAGACUGGAAUUUCAGUCAGAUCAUUCUAAUACUGGAAAAGGCUUCAAUAUCAGCUACACCACCUUCGGUCAGAAUGAAUGUCAUGACCCAGGAGUCCCUGUCAAUGGUCAAAGAUAUGGUGAUCAGUUUCAGCUCGGCAGCUCCGUAGCUUUUCGCUGCGAUCAAGGAUUCAUUAGGACACAGGGGUCUGACCAGGUCACUUGCAUCAUCCAGGAUGGAAAUGUUGUCUGGUCUGCAGCUGUGCCUCGCUGCGAAGCUCCAUGUGGAGGCCAUCUCACAGCUCCUACUGGUGUUCUGCUGUCUCCUGGCUGGCCCUCCUUUUAUAAAGAUUCUCUAAGCUGCCAGUGGGUGAUUGAAGCACAGCCAGACCAUGCUGUGAAGAUACACUUUGACAGGUUCCAGACUGAGGUCAACUAUGACACACUGGAAAUCAGGGAUGGCCCCUCUGCCUCCUCGCCCCUUAUCGACAACAGUCGUUCCGCAGCAGGCUUCAGCAUCAGAUAUGAAAGUGUGAAAAUGGAGUCAGACUCUUGUCUCGAUCCUGGUAUUCCAGUCAAUGGUCGUCGCCAUGGCAGCAGUUUUUCCAUUGGCUCCCGUGUGUCAUUUACAUGUGACCCAGGAUACACACUGAGUGAUCAGGAGCCAAUUGUUUGUGAUCAGAAUCAUCAGUGGAGUCACGCUCUUCCUAGUUGUGAUGCCCUUUGUGGAGGCUAUGUCUACGGUAAAACAGGGACAAUUCUGUCUCCUGGCUUUCCUGACUUCUACCCCAAUUCUCUUAACUGCACCUGGACUAUAGAGGUGUCUCAUGGGAAAGGCGUUCAUCUGGUUUUCCACACUUUCCAUCUGGAAGAGAACCAUGAUUAUCUUUCCAUCACUGAGGACGGCACUUUCCAGGUUCCUGUAGCUCGACUCACUGGCUCAGUGCUGCCCCCUAGCGUCAAAGCAGGUCUCUAUGGGAACUUCAGUGCUCAGCUACGUUUCAUAUCGGACUUUUCCAUGAGUUAUGAAGGUUUUAAUAUUACUUUCUCAGAGUACGAUUUGGAGCCUUGUGAGGAUCCCGGCGUGCCAGCGUUCAGCAGGCGGAUGGGAUUCCGAUUUCGAGUUGGCGACUCACUGGCCUUCUCUUGUUUCCAUGGCUACCGACUUGAGGGAGACAGCAAGAUCACUUGUCUGGGAGGAGGCAGGCGAGUCUGGAGCAACGUACUACCACGAUGUAUAGCGGAGUGUGGAGCCUCUUCGCUAGGCCCAGAAGGUGUUCUCCUUUCUCCUAACUUCCCCUCCAACUACGAUAACAACCAUGAAUGCAUUUACCGCAUCACUACUGAAAAGGGCAAAGGAAUCAGACUGAAAGCUGAGAGCUUCUUAUUGCAAGAUGGAGACUAUCUCAAGAUGUAUGAUGGAGAGAACACUUCAUCCCGCCUGCUUGGCAACUUCACACGAGACGGCAUGCUGGGUCAUGUCAUCAAUAGUACAUCCAAUCGCUUGUGGCUAGAAUUCAACAGCAACGCCUCUGGAACCAAUCAGGGCUUCCGUCUCACAUACACAAGUUUUGAUCUAGUACGCUGCGAGGAACCAGGUGUCCCCAGUUAUGGAUAUAAAAUCCAGGAUGACGGUCAUUACGCCAACACAUUUGUCCUGUACUCCUGCAACCCUGGAUACAGUCUUCAUGGCAGCAGUACACUGACAUGUCUUAGCGGGGACAGACGUGUCUGGGACAAACCACUUCCUUCUUGUAUCGCGGAGUGUGGAGGUCACAUAACUGGAGCAGUGUCUGGACGGAUUCUGUCUCCAGGAUAUCCUGCUCCAUAUGACAACAACCUCCACUGUACCUGGACUAUAGAGGCUGAUACAGGCAAGACUAUCAGCCUUCACUUCAUUGUCUUUGACACGGAGGUCGGCCACGAUAUCCUGCGAGUUUGGGAUGGGCCAUCCGGACCAUCAGACGGGGGGAUACUGUUGAAGGAGUGGUCUGGCCCAGCCUUACCUGAAGAUAUCCACUCGACUUUCAACAUACUCACACUGCAGUUUGACUCUGAUUAUUUCAUCAGCAAGCAAGGAUUUUCGAUACAGUUCUCCACCACUACAGCGACGACCUGCAAUGACCCGGGCAUCCCUGUAAACGGUUCUCGAUAUGGGGACAGUAAGGAACCUGGUGACAGUAUGACAUUCCAGUGUGAUCCAGGCUAUCAACUGCAAGGCCUGGACACCAUAACAUGUGUACGCAUGGAGAACAGAUUCUACUGGCAACCGGACCCUCCAACAUGUAUAGCGACAUGUGGGGGUAAUGUCAGCGGUCCUUCUGGAGUGAUCCUGUCUCCUAACUAUCCCCAGCCUUACCCCCCUGGCAAAGAAUGUGACUGGAGAAUUAGAGUUAACCCUGAUUUUGUCAUUGCUCUCAUCUUCAAAAGUUUCAACAUGGAGCCAAGUUAUGACUUCCUGCACAUCUACGAGGGUGAAGACUCUAAUGGACCGUUACUAGCAAGUCUCCAAGGCAACCAAGCCCCAGAGCGAAUAGAGAGCAGCGGUAACAGUCUUUUCCUGGCAUUCAGAUCCGAUGCCUCACUAGGCAUGUCUGGGUUCGCCAUCGAAUAUAGAGAAAAACCAAGAGAGGCCUGCUUUGACCCUGGCAACAUUAUGAACGCCAGUCGGACAGGUUAUGACUAUAAACUGGGAUCUCAGGUCUCCUACAACUGUCACCAUGGCUACACGACAGUGGGUGGGGAUAGCAUCACCUGUAUCAUGGGGCAUGAUGGGAAGCCGGUGUGGGACAAACCUCUACCAACAUGUAAAGCUCCAUGCGGAGGACAAUAUGGUGGAUCUGAAGGAGUUGUUUUGUCUCCAAACUAUCCUCUAAACUAUACCACAAGACAGACCUGCAUCUACUACAUCACUGUGUCCCCACAGUUUGUGGUGUUUGGUCAGUUUGCCGUUUUCCAGACAGCGAUGAAUGACUCGGUGGAACUGUUUGAUGGAGCCAAUGAGAAUGUUCGAUUGCUCAGCUCCCUGGCUGGGUCACAUUCAGGAGAGACAUUGCCAUUGGCAACUUCCAAUCAGAUCAUGCUGCGGUUCAAUGCUAAGAGUGGUCAGUCAGCUAGAGGCUUUCACUUUGUCUACCAAGCUGUGCCUCGCACCAGUGACAGUCAGUGCAGUUCAGUGCCAGAGCCUCGGUACGGCAGGCGGAUCGGCUCCGAGUUCUCAGCUGGCUCUGUGGUCCGGUUCGAGUGCAGUCCUGGGUAUCUGCUGAAAGGAUCAAGUGCUAUCCAGUGCCAGGCUGUGCCAGGCGCCCUCGCACAGUGGAAUGCAACAACACCAACCUGUAUUGUUCCCUGCAGUGGCAAUUUGACUGAACGUCGCGGUACAAUACUGUCUCCUGGCUUUCCUGAGCCCUACCCAAACAGUCUCAACUGCUUGUGGAGAAUCCAUGUCAGUGAAGGUGCUGGGAUACAGAUCCAAGUGAUGACGUUUGCUACUGAGCACAACUGGGACUCUCUGGAGAUCUACGAUGGAGGAGACAUGACAGCUCCUAAAUUAGGGUCGUUUUCUGGGACCACUGCUCCGGCCCUCCUCAACUCAACAUCCAAUCAACUCCUUCUGCACUUUCAGAGUGACAUCAGUGUGGUGGCAGCAGGCUUUCACCUAGAAUACAAGACUGUGGGUCUUACCACCUGUCCAGAGCCAAUGAUUCCAGCCAAUGGCAUUAAAACAGGGGACCGAUAUAUGGUCAACGAGGUGGUAGCAUUCACCUGUGAACCUGGAUACACAUUACAGGGCCACUCUCACAUUUCCUGCAUGCCAGGGACCGUGCGUCGAUGGAACUACCCACCUCCCCUUUGCAUAGCUCGUUGCGGCGGGGUGUUGUCUGAGAUGAGUGGUGUCAUCCUUAGUCCAGGUUUCCCUGGCAACUACCCAGGCAACCUGGACUGCACCUGGCAAAUCACCCUGCCAACUGGAUAUGGAGCCCAUAUUCAGUUCCAAAACUUCUCCUCUGAAGACAACCAUGACUUCCUAGAAGUCAGGGCUGGACCACAGCACAGCUCUGCUCUGAUUGGACAGUUUACCGGCUCACAGAUACCACCAACUUUGCUUAGCACUACUCACCUGACAAUCAUCCACUUCUACAGUGACCACUCAGAGAACAGGCCAGGGUUCAAACUGAACUAUCAAGCCUAUCAACUUCAAAACUGCCAGGACCCCUUUCCUUUUCCCAACGGCGACAUCAUCAACAGUGACUACAGCGCUGGUCAAUCAAUAACUUUUCAGUGCUACCCUGGUUACGUUUUGAUUGGACACCCAGUUCUAACAUGCCUGCAUGGGAAUAACCGCAAGUGGAACCACCCGUUUCCUCGCUGUGAGGCUCCUUGCGGCUAUAAUGUCACAGCUGAAAAUGGGACCAUCUAUUCACCUCAGUACCCCAAUGAAUACCCCAAUUCCCAAGACUGUAGCUGGCUCAUCACUGUUCCCCAUGGACAUGGAGUUUAUAUCAACUUUACCUUACUGCAGACAGAGCCUGUCACCGAUUACAUCGCUGUCUGGGACGGCCCAGAUACGUCUAGUCCUCAGCUGGGAGUCUUCAGUGGCAACACAGCAUUGGAGUCAGCCUACAGUACCAGCCUGCAGGUCCUGAUUCGAUUUCACUCAGACUUUUCAACUGGAGGCUUUUUCAUUCUCAACUUCCAUGCCUACCGUCUGAAGAAAUGCCCUCCUCCCCCUGUUGUGGAGAAUGCAGAAGUGAUCUAUGAAGAUGAAGACUUUCAGAUAGGUGAUGUUGUGAAGUACCGCUGUUUACCUGGAUACACACUGGUCGGAAAGGCAGAGCUCAUAUGUAAACUUAAUUCCCAUUUGCUUUUUGAAUCCCCGUCUCCAACGUGUCAAGCCCAGUGCCCAGCCAAUGAGGAGCGAUCUUUGUCAUCAGGGGUGAUACUAAGCCCCGGGUUUCCUAGCAACUACCCCAACAGCCAGACAUGCUCCUGGUUACUACAUAUGAUUCCAGGGUACACCAUCAAUAUCUACGUCGAGAUGUUUCACAGUGAGAAACAGUUUGAUGAACUGGAGAUUUUUGAUGGAUCCUCAGGACAGAGCCCUUUGCUUGUUGCUCUAAGUGGUAACCACUCAUCUCAGCUGAACUUCACAUCUAAAACAAACCAGCUCUAUCUACGAUGGUCCACUGACCACGCAACCAAUAAGAGAGGAUUCAAGAUACGAUACUCAGCUGCCUACUGUAGCAUUAAUGAUCCUCCAAUGAAUGGGGGCGUGAUCAACCGAACCAAACUCCGCCCAGGUAGCAGACUUCAGUUUUAUUGUAACCGUGGUUACCGCCUGGUAGGAUCAAGCAAUGCCACCUGCAGGCUCCAUCCCAAUGGACUUUUCCAGUGGGAUACACCAACACCUUUUUGUCAAGCCGUCUCAUGUGGAAUCCCUCAGUCGGUGGGCAAUGGCAGCUUCCAUGCUAACCAGUACACUGUUGGUAGCCAGGUCACCUACCACUGUAACCACGGUUACCACCUGGACCCCGGUGUUCCAAUGACAGCAGUGUGUUUGGAGGAUGGCAGCUGGAGUAAUGCUGUCUCGGCCCCCAGAUGUCUGCCAAUCCACUGCCCCAGCAUUGAGGGCAUCUUGUCGGAUCACAUGACCUACCACCUGCUCUCUGGUAGAUUGGGAGAGUUUGGCUCUGUGGUGAUGCUGGAAUGCUCAACAGGGUACUAUUUGGGUGUGGGGCAUCGGACUCUUCGCUGCCUUUCUAACGGGACUUGGGAGGGGUCAGAUGACCCUGCUACAUGCAAGAUCAUCUCCUGUGGUGAGCUUCCCACUCCACCUUUUGGGACCAAACUGGGGACGUUGACCACAUUCGGAGCAACAGCAAUCUUUAUGUGUAACCACGGUUAUACGCUGGUGGGGUCACAUGUCAGAGAGUGUGGCGCUAACGGGCUGUGGAGUGGUGCAGAGACCAGGUGUCUAGCGGGUCACUGUGACUCUCCAGAUCCUAUAGUCAAUGGUCACAUUAGUGGAGAUGGCUCUAGUUACCGUGACACAGUGGUGUACCAGUGCAUGUUAGGAUAUCGCCUAAUUGGCACAUCGGUCAGAAUCUGUCAGCAAGACCAUCGGUGGUCUGGAACAACACCUGUCUGUGUCCCUAUCACCUGUGGUCACCCUGGCAAUCCAGCCAAUGGCCGUACCAACGGCAGUGAGUUCAACCUCAAUGAUGUUGUCAACUUCACGUGUAACAGAGGUUACGUCCUCAGUGGAAAUGCUCGUGCUCAGUGCCGACUCAACGGGCAGUGGAGCAGCCCCCUACCUGUCUGCAAAGUGGUGAACUGUUCGGAUCCUGGACUCGUGGAGAAUGGCGUGCGGCAGUCUGGUCUACGUUACCCAGAAGUCUUCAGCUAUGGUGUUACUGUGGCAUUCCACUGCAAACGAGGCUUCUACCUCCUGGGUUCUGCGCUGCUCACAUGCCAGCAUGAUGGACGAUGGGACCGACCAGUCCCUCACUGCUUAGCUAUUUCCUGUGGUGACCCUGGUGUACCCCCUAAUGCAGUAGUAUCUGGAACCCACAGCUGGACAUACAGCUCAGUGCUGCAGUACUCCUGUCUGCCUGGAGGUGUGCUGGUGGGCAACUCUAGUCGCCACUGUCAGGAGGAUGGAACGUGGAGUGGGGCGCCACCGUACUGCACUGGUAUAAACCCAGGAAUAUGUGGAGACCCAGGGAUACCUCCCCACGGCGCCCGUCUGGGAGGGGAAGAAUUUAAAACCAAGAGCCUGCUGCGUUUCAGCUGCGAGGCAGGAUAUAGUCUGAUUGGCUCAGCUGAGAGGACCUGCCUUCACAACGGCACCUGGAGCAGCACGCAACCCGUCUGUCAAGCUGUAUCCUGUGGUAAUCCUGGCACCCCAGCACACGGCAGAAUUGUUUUCAGUGAUGGCAUCACCUUUGGCAGCUCGGUGGCUUAUGCAUGCUGGGAAGGCUUCAAAACAUCAGGCCUGACCACUAGACACUGCACAACAAAUGGGACAUGGACAGGACAACCCCCUGACUGCACUGUGAUCAGUUGUGGAGAUCCUGGACCAGUAGCCAAUGGGAUUUAUCUAGGAAGUGAGUUUACCUACAACCAUACAGUGACCUACCGGUGUAACCCUGGUCAUCUGAUGGAACCAGCUGGAACCGGACGUGGCGCUCUGUGCUGCACUAAAGAUGGAACCUGGAACCAAACCAAACCCAGCUGUAAAGUGAUCCAGUGUGGGCCUCCUCCUCAAGUGCAUCAUGGGAAAGUGGAAGGAACCGACUAUUCAUGGGGAUCGAGUGUUAGUUACAGUUGUUUCCAUGGUUACCAGUUGUCCACUCCUGCUGUGUUAACCUGUGAGGGGAAUGGGACGUGGACAGGAGAUUUGCCACAGUGCCUGCCUGUGCUGUGUGGUGAUCCUGGCUCUCCUGGAGGAGGAUACAGAGAGGGGAACAUCUUUUCCUUCCGGUCAGAAGUCAGGUUCUAUUGCCAUGCACCCUACUUGCUGGUAGGCUCAGUCUCCAGAGUCUGUCAAGCUGAUGGGAUUUGGAGUGGCCAACAACCUGCCUGUAUAGAUCCAGCCUUCAACAGCUGUCGUGACCCGGGAACUCCAGCCUACGGUAUCCCGGUUAUGGCCCAGGGCUUUCAGGUUGGCAGUAAGAUUUCCUUCAAGUGUCGUAAGAACUACCACAUCCUCGGCUCCACCACAAGAACAUGCCUAGAAAACCUAACCUGGAGUGGAACUCAACCUGAGUGCAUAGCCCAUUCAUGCAGACAGCCAGAGACCCCCAGUAAUGUAGAUGUGCGAUCUAUGGACCUGCCUACCUUGGGAUACACGCUGAUCUACACCUGUCAAGAGGGUUUCUAUCUGGCCGGCGGAUCAGAGCACAGAACCUGCAAAAGUGAUGGGAAAUGGUCGGGCAAACCCCCACUCUGUAAAGUUGGAAUGAAAGUCAAUCCAAAAGGCAGGGGAGAGUCAGAUGUCCUGAAGAACAAGAUUCGAGUUCCUAUGGAUGUGUUCUCUGCAAACUCGGAGUGGAGCGGUUUUUACGAGUAUCUAGGGAAGAGACAAGCCACCACAUUUACAGUUACAGGGUUCAAUGCUACCAGUGGUAGAGUUAAUGUCACAUUACUGGAGACCAGUGGCGUGUCGAUCAGACUGUCAGGUACCUAUAAGUCAGAGGAAAACCAGCUACUGUUGAAGGUCUACCAGGUGAAGGGGCCAACAGAGCAUUACCUCAGCAAGUUUAAAAAUGACAACUGGGCAAUGGAUGGAUACGUCACUGCUGAGUCAGACCAGAAGACUUUUGUCUACCAGGGACACAUUCACAGUAAAGAUUUUGGCAAGUUCCAUCUGACAAGGCAAGGCCCUGUAACCAUGGCAAUGGACCCAUCUAACCCCUACACAAACAGCAGCUCUGUGGCAGCAGCCAUCUUAGUUCCUUUCUUUGCCCUCAUCCUGUCUGGAUUUGCCUUCUACCUCUACAAGCACAGGACAUUGUCUGCUGACACAGAUGACAAUGAGAGACCAAAAGACACCUGGGGGCCUGGCGGCAGGACACGUCCCAAGGUCCAGUUCAAUGGGUAUGUUGGCCAUGAGAGCUCCAAUGGCCAGGCGUCGUUUGAAAACCCAAUGUAUGACACCAACAUGAAGCCUACUGAGGCUAAAGCAGUCAGAUUUGAUACCACACUCAACACAGUCUGCACUGUGGUAUAGUCCUACAAACCUGCCACUACCUAUACAGUGGUUCAGUCCAACCUACCCAUUGCAGUCUGCGGUGUGGCUAAACCAAACAGAGAAGACAGAACAAACUUAUGAUUCAGACACAUCACCAUGAGCAGCCUGUGUUGUAGCAUGCUGUUCCUCUGUCAGCAUAAUCUGUACAGUAGUGCAGCUCUGCUCCACCUCCUGCCUGAUCAGUGGUAUCACUCCUCCCUGUAGUCUGAAAGAGCGAAAUAAGUUGGAACCAAUAAGCAAGGGAGUCGAUAAUUACAUUAUCAAAUAACAAAAUUUGUAUUUCAGGAGAUCAGUGUUGGGACCAGAAUUCUUCCUUAGCACUGUUGCCAUUCAGACUUUGAGGGAAAACAGAAAUACGGUAGAACUAAUUGAACUUUUUCCAAAUGUGACAGCCUCACUGAACCGUGCUUAUCCAGAGUCAGCUCAACUUCUGCAAAAUUUGACCCUAGCAUCCUUAUGGAAAGUCACCUGGCCCUCCCAUACCCUCCCUGCAACUUGAACAAUGGUUUACCCAACACAACCCCUUGCUAAAUUUGCGCAGUGGUAUAGGCUUACUAGCUCCCCUGUUGCAGGCUAGACGUAGGUUUGACCGAUGUAAAGGUUCUGCUAUCAGGGGAAGCACAUAGACUAUGCCACCCUUCAAUCCCCACCUGACAUCAGACAGUGAUUGGAUGAUUCCUGUAUGGCAACACAAAAAACAUCAUUGAUGCUGGACCAAUAACCUCCCACUAGACUGCCAUCAUGCUGGACUUGACAGAACUGGACUCUCUUACACUGAUGGAAUCUUACAUCGAUUGUACAGACUGCUGUAAACCAAAUGCAGUCAAUGCAGUGACCAGACCAGUUCCUUUAAAAAAAAUGAUACUCUCAUCCAGAACUAGAUACUAGUAUUAAAUUAGUAUUAGGAGUGCUGGACCAGUGCUACACAAGCCAGGGUCAAAUAACAGUUGCAGAAAAAAUUCAAAAUGUUUGUUUUAGCCUUGUUUGAGAAUGGAUCCAAUUCAGUAUAGCAGGACAAUUACAGAGAAAGGUAAGUUGAGUUGCUAGAUUUUCAAAUCGGUUCCUGUAAUUGUCUAUACCAUCUGCCACCAAUUGUAUUUAUGACAGUAUUUACCUACAGUA